CAGCCACGGGCACAAUAUGAAGGCUCUGCCUCAUCAACCAUGUUCCAGACUAAGAACUCAAAGGACUCAAAGGAGUGCGUUAGCUGUCCGGGCCACGCACGCGUCGUCGAUGCGCGGCAACCAUUCGUGCGAGGCGACGCACUUUUACCCUGCGCUCGGUGCCAGACCUGCUGUUGGGAGCACCAUUCGCCGUGACAUCGAGCUGGUGACGCAGGUCAGCCUGGACCGUUGGCCCCGCUUCGCGCAACAGGCACUUGCCUGGCGCGGCCCCGCCUCCGUCGCAGUGUACAUACCCUGCCCGCCCGACCACCCCCUCGCCCCGCACUACCUCGCCUACCUGCAGCCCCUGGCGCGGCAGCUAGAUGCUGCGCUGACCGAGGCCGUGAUAGGGGCAGACUCGGCAGCAGCAGCGGUACCAGCGGCACCAGCAGCACCAGCACCCGCCGGUCCGGGCAACGCCCUCGCAACUGUGAGCCCGCCCGCACCGCCGCCGCCCCUGCUCACUGUCAGCAUCCUGCAUGCACACCACGUGGCCGUGGAGGGCGCGGGCGUGCUUGGCGCGAGGCUGGGCGUGUCGCUAGAGGCAUCCAGCAAUAGCACCCCUAGCACCAGCACCAGCACCAGCACCAGCACCAGCACCAGUGGCGGUAGCGGCGGCAGCACCACCAGCCCUGACGUGUAUGAGCAGCUGUACCCCAUCAAUGCGCUGCGCAAUGCGGCUCUGGCGCACGCGCGCAGCAGCCACGUGUUCCUGGUGGACGGCGACUUCAUGCCCAGUGCCGGACUCAGGACACACCUGCUGCUGGGCGCGGCGCCGGGCAGCGGCAGAGCCAGCGGCGGCGGCGCCGGCAGCGGAGGAGGAGGCGGAGGCGGAGGCGUGGGGCGCAGCAGCCCGCCCAGCCCUCUGGAUGCCUCGGAUGCAGCUGUCCAUCCGGUCAUGUGGGUGGUACCGGCCUUUGAGCUGGCGGCACCGGCAGCAACAGCAACAGCAACAGCUGCUGGUGGGGAAGGCGGUGGCAGUGUGUCGGCGGCGGUGGCAGAGGUGCCGGAUGAGCAGGCGGUGGACGUGCCGCGUACGCUGGACCAACUGCUGUCGUACUACAGGGGGGAGCCGCAACUGGGCGGCAGUACGGUGGUGGGCGGGGCGCCGGGGCGGCCGGUGCUGCGGCCCUUCCAUUGUGGCCGCUACCCGCAGCCCCGGCCCUCCGUGGACUAUGCCGGCUGGCUCGAGGAGGCAGCAGCGGCGCAGCAGGAGCAACAAGGGCAGCAGCAGCAACAGGAGCAGCAGCAGCAGCAACAAGGAAAGGAUCAGCAGCCGACACAGGCACAGGCUGUGGCAGAGGAAGAUGGCUGGGUGCUUUGGCGGGAGGUGCCGUACCAUGAGUACUUUGAGCCGUACGGCAUUGUACGGAGGGAUCAGGUGCCCUGGUACGAUGAGCGCUUCCGCGGCUACGGCCUCAACAAGGUGCAACACGCCUACCACAUGGCCGCAGCAGGCUUCCAGUUCCGGUUGCUGCGGCGGCACUUCUGUGUGACGGUGCCGCACAAGCGGUCCGCCUCCUACCGCGCUGCUUUCGGCACGGCAGCAGACCCACAGCAGCGGCUGCGCGUGGAGCAAUUGUACGGCAGGUUCAGAACCGAGAUGCGACAGAUGUACGGAUACGAGUACGGCAGCGCUCAUAGCAGCUAGCUGGGUUCGGGGGUUGUCUGGCGUUGUUUGGCGGCAGCGGGAGGCUUGCGGCAGCAGUUAAGGUCGACGGGAGCGGAGGCGGAGGCGUGACGCAGGCGGCGUGGAGGAACACCCUUACAUGUGGCGGUUGGGGCUGAGCUGCCCAUUGCAUGUGAGGGCCCCGGUUGAAGCUGAAAAGGCCGCGGACACAUAGUAGCAAGGGAAGGCGCAGCGGGCAAGGAGUAUACACAGCUUACACAGGUCCUGUAAUGUACAACACCGCAACGGCAACGUGCGGUUGUCCCGCUCGUUCGCAACCAAGCCAUAACGCACGAACCUCCGGCCGUUCGACUUUAUAUGGCGCAGGUGCGCUGCCUCACUUCCUCGGCAAGUGUCUUGCGCGACACACCUCCACACACGACAGUGGGGCUUCAAACCCGUGUCACCCGCUUGCCCCGCACAGCAGCCCCGUAGGCAGGGGAAGGCGGGUUUACGUUCCCGAGCC